UAAUGAAGAUAGACUACAAUUAACUGCAACAGGUAAGUGUAAAAAAAACAUAAUGAUUCGUACAUUUUCCAGAAUGUGAUUGGUCUAAUAUUCAACAAAUCAACAAAAUCGGAAGUUAUCUUUAUUUCUAAGUUAUCAUGCCAUGAUUUUACCCGUCCGGCCCGCUGGGGAGUAGAUGUUCCUCCAUGUGGCCGCUAAGUUCGACAACCCCCCACCCCCGGAGUAUGGGGAGCCACCCCAAAAUGCUCGGCAUCCGUAGGAAACACAACAAUGCUUGAGCCCUAGAAACUGGAAGUGGUGCUCAGUGCUGGGUAGAGCGAGGGAGGGUGGUGCACGGGCAGGAGGAGGAGGAGUUUGUGGUGUCAGGCUUGCAGUGGAAGUGAGAGCAAGGGGAAGACGCCGCAGGACCACAGACCAGACCACACCAUCCUCCAGGUACGGCGGAUCUCGACACAACCCCAACUCGGUCACGGUUUCUUCACCUCCCAACAAUUUGCUUGUUUCUAUAUUUGCCGACAGUUACCGUUGCAGUUGCUGUUUGCACAACAAAGGUGUGUCCCCUGGCCCCGGGAGCCUAGAUGGAGCGCAUGGAAGACGACAAGCCCAAGAAGAAGAAAGUCACCUUCUACCUGCUGUACUGCAUCUCCACCGCCGUCAUCGGCUCGCUGCAGUUUGGCUACAACACUGGAGUCAUCAAUGCACCUGAGAAGAAACUGCGUCAAUUCUUCCAGAACGUUUCUCUGGAUCGCUACGGCGAGUCGUUCAGCCCGGGCACCAACACCAUGGUGUGGAGCUUGGCGGUGGCCAUCUUCAGCGUGGGCGGCAUGCUGGGCUCCUUCUGCGUGGGAGCGGUGGUCAACAAGUUUGGCCGGAGGAAGUCCAUGCUGCUGGCCAACAUCCUGGCCCUGGUGGGCGGGGGUCUGAUGGGACUGUCCAGCCUGAGCCAGUCCUUCGAGAUGGUCAUCGUGGGCCGCCUGGUCAUCGGCGUGUUCUGCGGCCUGUGCACGGGUCUGACCCCCAUGUACGUGGGCGAGCUGGCCCCCACCGCCCUCCGUGGAGCCUUUGGCACCCUGCACCAGCUGGGCGUGGUUCUUGGCAUCCUGGUGGCCCAGAUCUUUGGACUGGAAUCUCUUCUGGGCUCGGACUCUCUGUGGCCCCUCCUGCUGGCCCUCACGGUCCUGCCCGCUCUGCUGCAGAGCAUCCUGCUGCCAUUUUGUCCUGAGAGCCCGCGCUACCUUCUCAUCGUCCUCAACCAGGAGGAGACGGCCAGGAAAGCCCUGGUGCGUCUGCGCGGCACUGAAGACGUGAGCGAGGACAUCGAGGAGAUGAAGGAGGAAGGCAUGAGGAUGGCCAUGGAGAAGAAGGUGUCCAUCUUGGACCUUUUCCGCUCUCAGAACUACCGGCAGCCCAUCAUCAUCGCCAUCAUCCUGCAGCUUUCUCAGCAGCUGUCAGGCAUCAACGCCGUCUUCUACUACUCCACCAACAUCUUUUCCACAGCAGGCGUGGAUCAACCCAUCUACGCCACCAUCGGUGCAGGUGUGGUCAACACGGUGUUCACGGUUGUGUCGCUCUUCCUGGUGGAAAGGGCGGGCCGGAGGACCUUGCACCUGAUCGGACUGGGAGGAAUGGCCAUUUCUGCCCUGAUUAUGACCAUCUCGCUCUCUCUGGUGAAAGAGAACCCCUCCCUCAGCUACCUGGCCAUCGUGGGGGUCUUUGGCUUCGUGGCCAGCUUUGAGAUGGGCCCCGGCCCCAUCCCCUGGUUCAUCGUGGCCGAGCUCUUCUCUCAGGGUCCACGCCCGGCCGCCAUGGCCAUCUCCGGCUUCUCCAACUGGACCGCCAACUUCCUGGUGGGCUUAGGUUUUCCUAAACUGGAGGAACUCUGCGGUCCUUACGUCUUCAUCAUCUUCAUGGUGCUGCUCAUCUUCUUCUUCAUCUUCACCUACCUGCGGGUGCCCGAGACCAAAGGGAGGACGUUCGACGACAUCGCCCAAGGGUUUGCCGCCAGGGCCUCGUCCUCCGCGGCGGCCCCCGAAGCGGUGACGGCUGCGGCGGCGGCGGACACGGCUGCCAGCAAAGACGCCGCAGCGACAGCACUCUCCCCGUCGGAGAAAGUCCCCAUGGUGGAUCUGCCCUCAGAUACGCCGUGAGAGAGCUUAGGAAAAGACUUUAUGUUGCGGGCUGACAACAGAACUCGAGCUGCGGGCCACAAAUGGGCCCCCGGGGCCGCUCUUUGGACACACCUGCUACAGGGUAUCUAUGGUAUGUUGUCUAACUAGGAAGCUGAAUGUGUUAAGCCGCGCCCUACAAAGUGGUAAUACUGUAAGUAUUGUACUUAUCACACACCGGCUGUUUGAUCGCAACGUUUAUCGCCGUUGUCCUUUUAGUUACCAAACGCGGACGUGUUGAAAUCGCCAUGUAAUAUCGCUAAUGCUAACAUUAUCCUGUCUCUAGAAAAAUCUAAUGUUAGCAUCAAGCUAGCACAUUUUAUCACACGUUAGAGUUUUUUCUACCCAGCACGUUUGCUCGGUCGGUGUUGAAAAUUGCAACAUUACUAAAAGGGAAGUUGGCGGAGUCGGCUCUCAGUGCUGCUUGACUGGGGAUUUUUUUACGUAAGCCGGUUUUUAGUGCGCAAACCGGACAUGACGUCACGUGCAACAAAAGCACGGAACUAUGGCACCGUUUGACUUGACCUAAAUCGAUACUUGAUCAUACCGAUAGAAUUGGGUCGGUGCCUGAAAGUACCAAAUUCGGCACCAAGUAGAUAAGACACGCGCCUUUUAGUAUGCUACAAUCUUCUUCUUUUUUUUUUCUUUUUUUUUUACAAAAUAAAUGUUUAUUUACAGCACUUGUUUGUGUCUCAAAAAGUAAAUCCCAUUGAAAUAAGUUAUCAUAUAAUGUUAUUAUUAUUGUAUUGGAUUGGGCUAAAUCGCCCUUACUAAGAUGGCCGCCACAAAGACACAAAAUCAAUCCUCAAAUGUACAUCAACGACGUCACUUCCUGUCAGUUUAUUUACAGCAGGUGGGUACACGAUGUCGCAAUUUUCAUUGGCAACAAAAUGUGACUCGGAAAAAAUCGCUCCAACGUAAGUAAAGUAAGGCUCUGCUUUUCCGAAAAAUGCGCUAGCUUGAUGCUAAUACACAUUGGCGUUGCUGUUGACACGUUACUGAUUAGCAUUAGCGAUUUUACAUGGCGAUUUCAACACCUCCAAAUAUGUCAAUGAAAACUACGACCGAGAUGCACUUUAGAAUCAUAACAAGUGCAAUACUUAGAGUAUUAACACUUUUAAGGGCGCCGCAAACUGUGCACUACUGCCAUCUAACGUCUUGGACUCGCAACUGGGAUUGCAACUUCAUGCCACACUUGCAAAUGAGACUCAGAAAAGUGAUAAUAAAACAAGAUGUAGAUGCA